AUGGAGGUUCCGGCACGUAUAGCAAUCGACGAGGCGGCAAGUGACAGGGCUCGUGCCCAGGGCGACAAAGCUCUUGCCAGCCAAGACUACCACCAAGCUCUGGCCGCUUUCACUCAGGCCAUCGAAGCCCAUACGUUUGACUUCAAGGCUUGGUGCGGCCGCGCUCUGGCACAGCUGAAGCUUGAGAGGUGGGCCGAUGCAGAGGUGGAUGCGACCAACGCUCUCAUUGCCGAGGAAGGCGAGUGGUUACCUCAGGCGUACUCUCGUCGUGGACUCGCUCGUCAGCAUCUUGGAAAGCUCGAUGCAGCUAUGAGAGACUUCAAAGCGGCCCUCUCUCACGCCCCAAACGAUCGCAGUAUCUCCCGCAGGAUCAUCAAGCUCGAGGUCACCAUUGCUCAACGACCAGCCCCUGUGCCUAGUCCUCCCUUCACCGUCUCGGUCACCAUCGAUCACACAGCGUACCCCCACAUCAUUGGUCUCAUUAUUCUCUACAGUGACCCAGAGGUCCGCCUGGUGCUUAGCCACACCUGCCGCGCAAUUCGUGAUCGCCUCAACAGGCUCGCUUCCCAUCAUGAGAUCACCGGUGGCGCUGAUGAGCGCGGACCGUACGCCAAUAUCACUCAGCCUCUACCAUAUGGUCGUGUCGAUCGUAUUUACAAGGAUUUCGCUGUCCCUCGCAAAACGACUACGGCUCGGCGCGAGGUGGUUGCGUUUUUGAUGACUCUUAAUUCAGGUCACAGUCUGGAUCUUCGAGGUCCACUCGACCCAGAAAUCCUUUCGCUAUUGGUCCUCGAGUCCGACGUUCUCCGCAUUCGACCCAAAAAGGACGGCCGUUAUUUUCAAGAAGAUCUCGACCUCCGUCACUGCGCGAUCCGGAAAGUGGUGCUGUUUCCGACCAAUCGAGUGUUCACUGUGAACCCGGACUUGCCGUUUUGGUCUCUUUUACUGCCCGACACUGUCACUCGCUUGGUGGUUCCUCUCAUCGUCCGCCUCAAUGAUGAUGGUGGCUUGGUCACCUUUCACAUGCCUUUCAAGCCCAAUCCUGAAAUCGACAUGAUGUCCUUGCUCCGCACCGCCCAACAACUUAAUCUCCCCCUCGCUGCCAAACUCAUACUUGAUGUCCCCGAUCCAAGUGACCAGCGGGAGCUCGUCAUCAUCUGCCCGGACGUCAAGACACACAAUGACAAGACACGAAAGGACAACGUUCAAGAUCUCGUGAUGAGCAUACACACCCUCAUUUGUCAGAACACAAUGUGGGGCCUCCUUUGGGGUGUCAAAUGGAUCAAGAUCGUCAACCUUGCGGGGGUAGUGCACUGGGGCCUACCUUCCAAGUCCUCGACCAACAUUGCCAAAAUACAAAAGGGAGUCACCCUCUUUGAGACCCUCCUCCGGAAGAAUAUCGAAACGAUGCUUACCAACUCGGUAAACACAUACCAAGACUUGGACGAACGCGAACGGCUCAUUCACCGCAAACCCCCUUCCCCUUCCGAAGGGCUGGCCAAAAUUAUGUUCUUGACCAAGGACAAGUACUGCUCCACGCUCAAGAAAGGAGAAUGGAAGAUGGAGACCGUGGAGAAGGUCCCGGGAUUUCUCUGA